AUGGGUGCAACCAGUCGAACGAAAACUCGUGCCACCUCUCCAGAACGCUCUCUUAGAUCUCAAUCUAAAUCCUCCGACCAAUCUGCAAAGUCUCAGGUCUUUGGAUCGCCUCCUCCUACCCCCAGCAGAGUGUACGGAAGAAAAUCCAAGGCUCGUUCUUGUAUGAACACACCUUCUCGUCUCCGCAGCCCUCCCGCAGCUUCUACCUCGAACACACCCUCGCGCUAUCGCAGUGCCUUUGUAUCACCGCCGACGCGUACAUAUGCGACGCAAAAUCUCGCGCUUGACUAUGAGAUUCCGAUUGUUCUUCCUGAGACACCGCCCUCGUCCGCUUCGCUGUUGGACCUGAUCUCUAAUGCAAGCCCAUCUUCAUCUACAUUCACGAGCACAUCGAGUUCGAGCAAAGUCAAGGAAUUCAUGCUGGAAAUGGACACUGAUGCUGAUUCUGACACCGAGACGGAGUUUAUUUCUAGAGGUUUACCGGUCAAAUUGUCAUCUUCCCGCGAAGUCGAACUGAAGAACGAUCUCCGCGAAGUUGAACUGAAGAAUGAGCUCCGUCAAGCUCGUGUGGAUCUCGAUAAUGCCCUCCAGGGAGCUGCGACUUUACGCGCUGCUGAAGACACUCGGAACAGAUGUCCAUACUGCCUCGAAUUUUUGUUCCAACCUUUCGUUCUCUGCUGUGGUCAUACCAGCUGCAAGGACUGUCUUGUCAGAUUAGCAGACAUGUAUUUGAAGGCAAAAAUGAAUUUCGCUUGCCCCGAUUGCCGCACGGUUCAAGGAUGUUUCACACCCGUCCCAAACUAUUUUGUUCAGAACAUUGUCGACAAUAUGUUACAAUCGAGAGGCAUUCCGUCUCCAACCCGUCAACCACUGAAGUGGCCGCUCGAAUUUCAGUCCGGGCCCACCCCUUUACCCUUCCCUCCCAGCGCAGCGACUUUCCCAGCUUAA